CUCUCCACAGUAACAACUGAAAAUGUUUUUCGGUCUUUGAAAAAUCAAGACAGCUGAGUGUUCUGGAAUAUGACUACUGAAAUUCUUAAGAGAAAAAUUAACCAAAUUUUUCAACAAAUAUUUAGUACCUGGUAACACAAAAUACUUGAUAAGACACUGAAGAACACACAAAGAUGGAAAAACGACAGACACACUCCUCUGUCAGUGAAGAUUUUAAUAAUUCCUCUUGUGAUUAGGAUUUUUCAUUACCUAUGAUCUCCCACCCUGGCAGCAAAUGAUCCAAUAAUUUUAAUUUAACAUAUGAAGUUCCAAAGAAAAUUUCUUUCUUAUACUUCACAUUCAGUAAGCAAUGAUGACAUGCCCCUGUCAAUUUCAAUACUGACAAUAAAUGUGGUUGUAACAUUCAAACAAGCAAAAAACUACAAAAGAGUUAUCUAUUCCUCCCUAGAUCGCUGACACAUGGACUAUUUAUUAUCCUUUUGGACACAGGGGCUGCCCAGCACACUUGAGGUAGCCUCUUUUUCACUACCUAGUACCUAAAGAAUAUGAACUCAUUUCUGAUAGCCUGAUCAAAAUAUAACAGGUAAUCGGGAAUGUAAAUCUAUUGUUAUUAGGGGAGAAGAGAUGGCUCUUAAUUCUGGUACUUAGAAUUACGAAAAUGACAAUGCUUCCAGUUUAAAAAGGAAAACACACAAAUGUGUAGGUUUUUAAAAUGGUUUAGUCACCACUCAAAAGGGACAAGACCUAACAGCAAACAUAAAAACCAAUUUUCCUCUUUGAAAAAAAUCUGAUCUCAAGGGGAGAAAUAACACCAACACCUGCCAUAAAAUAUGUGAAAUAAACUUAAAUACUAAUGGGGGUGGGGGGCUGAUAUUCUCUUGCCAUAGAAGAAGCAAACACUAAUGCGUUAAAGUUAACAGGAAGCUAUCAGGGUUAUUUGGUGUAAACGGCACAAAAACAUGAAUAUUUUUAAGAGAUCUGGUGCAACGUGUAAGGCAGCUACUUAAAUGUCUGUGUAGAAAUCUAAUCAACCUUUCUUGCUGUUUGUCACGGGAAGAACUUCGCAGGGAGUAGCUCGCUAACAUUUUCUAGGCUCAAACUGCAAACCAUAAAUAGUAAUAGAAUUACGACGUAUAAUUCCACAGUGAUACUUCGGUUUGAGUAACCAGAAAAGGCGAGAUUUCCUCUUUCAUAGGUGGAGAGGGGAGAUGAGGAGGGAUUUGAAUUAAAGAAAAGUAAGACCAAGUAAAAGUCUAUUGGGGAAAAAACUUGGAGCAAAAAAGAGAAACGGAGACAGAACGGAGAGGAGUAAAAACGGGAAGAAAAGCGGGAAAGAAUGGCAAAAAAAAAGAAAGAAGGAUGGAGAAAGUUGUGAGAGAUGACAACUGGAGGAAAGGGAAAAUUAUCAAGAGGAUGCAACACUAGCAAAGUGAAGCAAAGAAAAUCUGUGAAGUUUGAAUAAGCAGCCUUCCCAAGAUGUACCGAAUAUCUCAACUGAUGUCAACACCAGUGGCAAGGUCUUCCAAGCCCGAGAGAGAAUAUGCUGGAGAGCUGUCUUCCACAUGCGUUUUUCCAAGUUUUACCUGUGACUUCCUGCAUGGUGACAGUCCCUUUGACUGCUGCUCCACAGAUGCCCUGACAGGCUCCCACUUUCCCUGUCGCCGAAGUCCCAGACUCCUCACCAAUGGCUACUACGUUUGGACAGAAGACAGUUUUGUCUGCGACAAAGAUGGCAACAUAACCCUGAGCCCAUCUCAAACCAGUGUUAUAUACAAGGAGAACUUGGUUAAAAUAUUUAGAAAGAAAAAGAGGCUCCGCCGUUCUUUUUCUUCCCUCUUCCAACUCGGUGCCUCGAAAUCCUGGCUGCAUGGAAGUAUCUUGGGCGAUGUUGACUCUUCCUCAAGUGAGGACAUUUGGUUGGACGAGGCCAGCAGGCUGGACAUCCACCAUCGCAGUGAAAACGAAACCAGUUUGUUGGGAGAAGUCUCCUUUCAAACGAUUCUACUUGCUGCAUGUUUGAUCAUUUGUGCAUGCGCGAGAUGGUUUCUAGGAGGAAUAUUAGUCAGUGUCUUCACAGGCUUCUUGGUGGUGACUAUUGCUUAUGUUGUCAAGUCACUGUUUCUCAGCCUUGCCAGCUAUUUCGAAGCCACCACCUGUGUUCGGUUUGCCAAAUUUGACAGCCAUUCAGGAGCGCCUCUGAUGAAUGUCUUCAGUCUGGAUAUCCGGAAAUUGUCCGAUUCGCAGUCUGCUUGGAACAGCUGCUUUAUUGGAAGGAACUCUUCUGCCUUCACAAAGAGGCUGGAGUUUGAUCCUCUGCUGAUUUUGCUAUUUCAAGUCAAUCGUCGAAUUUUAGUAGGACAGAUCCACCAGCCAAACCCAACUCCAGGGUUUCCACAGAACAUUCUGAACCUGGAUCUUCAGUACGUGAAUGCCGUGGCUCCUUGUCUGCUCAAGAAACAGCUGACUUUGGAGGAAGAAGGACAGCCUGCUCCAUCUCUGCAGGUGGCGGGACCUUUCACAGCGGGGCAGUCCAUGGCCUUGGCCUCACAGCAACUACUGAAGUCAGUCCAGGUCAGCUGCCGUGUGAUUUACUGUCACAUGGGCUCCUCGGUUCCCUUCUCUCUGCCGGCACCCUUCCAGACCUGGAGCAUGCUAAGAGACCUGCACUGA